AAAUAAAUCAAAUGACGUGUCAAGGAGGAGAAUGAAAAACAAAACCUCUGACUCAUCAAUAUUGAGCAAGACGAAUGAAUGCAGACUGACUGACACUCAGCUGUGGAAAUGUCUUACUCAGCUCAUUGUUUGGAACUAAAACUGUCAGCAAUCCCGGUUCUUCCCGGGUUAUGUAAUCACCAGGAAAUACCAAGUUUUCCUGAUAUCAUCGUGACUCAUUUGCAUGUCUCUGGUGCGCAUAACAGCCCGAAUCAUUCUGUAUUUAUCCAAUAAUAUUAAAUUCACCUGCGCACUCUUACCAUACCAGAGCUGUGACAUGCAAACUUCUACCACAAUAACUGACAGUCAUUUAAAAAAAACAAAAAAACAACAUUAUCUUGUCAUUAAAAAGUGACAACAUAACAGCAGACGAGGAAGAAAACGGGUGGCACUUGACAUGUGACCUUACUUCAAUGGGAUGUGCUGAGAUUAGCACAUCUCCUCGUGUCACGCUUUACUCGUUGUGCACAUCAUGGUCUCUCUGUUCUUUUGUUUUCCCAUCUAGUUGCCCCAUAUUCUUUUUCGUAUACCAGCAAUUUGGACAUCCGGUAAAAGAGUCUGAAAAGUGGCCGAAAGUAAGUUUUUCCCACCCCAAGAUAAAAACAGAACAGAAAACAAAAGACUGAUAAGGGGCUCUUUCGUGUUUAGGUUUAGCUUUAGCUUUCCCACAAUAAGGGAAGUUUAGAUGGACGACAUGUAAUAUGGAGAGUCUCAGAAGAGACAUUGAAAAAAGAAUACGUAGAAAGAAAAGGGACCACAGCCUUUAAUCAAUGAAUAAUUCAGUCAAUGUGGACUUGAUUGUUAAUGAGCAGCGUCUUGAAGAAACUGGGAGAGAAUGAAGUGCACUACAUGGUUGCAAGUUGCAGAGCUGCUGUUCAUUCAGCCUCAUCUAGUUAGUUGUCAACAGACCAAUUACGUCAGCUAAGGAAAGUUGCAUACAUCCUUGGAGAUUUUUCAAAAACACGAAAUGCAUUAAUUGGUCCUUAGUUUCCCCGAUUGUCGAUCAAGGAAAUGUCAAAAAGAUCACACACUUGAUUUGGGAACUAGUCCCCUUCACAUUGGAAGUUUUUUUCUGAGGUCGGUGAUGCGUUAUGGAUAUUCGUGACUGCCGGUCAAGAGGGGAAGUUCGCCAACCAGGGUAGGGGGCUGGGACAAAACUGUCACCCACAGAGUUUUUGCUGUCAACAUAUAAACGGAAAACCCAGCGGCCCUCAAGUGUCUCUCUCCAGCGGACUUCUUGCUGCUUUGCGCAAGAUGUUGCAGACACACCACCUGCGGUCCUCCAUCAGAUUUCUUUUUCUCCUGCUUUGCUGCUUCGAUGGUCUGGUCCUCGGAGAGCUCCACCAGGACUUUUCCAAGUGCCUCAAUUUCUUCUAUAAGGGAACACCACCGCAGGGUAUCAAUGCAACGGGAUACCAGCCUAUAUGCCAGCGCUUUAAGAAUCAGUACCGCUUUGCCGGCAUGUACCACCGUCAGAGUCGAGCACCUUUGUAUUCUGCGUACAUAAUCAGCUCGGCGGAUGGGAAACGGCCCGAUUCAACAUGGAUGUACGAACCACAGUUGGCAUUCUCUCGCGCAAGCGCUGAUAUGAAACCCUUCACCUCAUCAGUGGAUCAGAAUGUGAUGGAGAGUCAAGCAGUGCUUCAGGAUUACAAGAAUUCCACUUACACCAGGGGCCAUCUCAAUCCCAGCAUGCACCAGAAGACAACAGAAGACCGUGCGGCCACAUUCACCCUGACCAAUGUUGUCCCUCAGCGAGCGGGUUCCAACUCUGGCCCUUGGAAUUCCCUGGAGAAUGAAGUGAUGAGAAAGUUCAAGGCAUUCUGUGAGGGUCCAAUGUAUGUGAUCACAGGGGCCAUGCCUUAUGCAGAUGGAGCUCACUGGAUCAGUAACAGGGUGUCUGUUCCCGAGUACAUGUGGUCCGCCUACUGCUGCCCUUCCUAUAAGGCCAAGCUCCCCCAGGAUGUGCAACCCAUCUUCCCCACAUACGCAGCUGUGGGGAGGAAUGAUUGUUACAGUGAUGAGGAGAUUGUGCCAGUUAACCCCAAAGCGAGGGCCUCAGUGCGGGGAUACGAUGUGCGAAAGAUGCCUCUGGACACUCUGGAGGGUAUCCUGGCACAAAGGCUGGCCAUGCCCAUUAGUUUGUUUGAUGGUCAGUGUCAGUAACCGGCAGAACUCAAAUCAAGUCAGUCUGUUGUCUUUAGUCAAUUAAUUUAAUCAACAGAAUCAUUUAAUAUAAAUCUUAUUUCAUUUGAAAGAUUUUGUUAACCUUAUCAAUUUUUUGGAUGUAAGGAGACUGUGUAAGUGG